AUGGCCAGCAAGGACUGGAAAGCGAAGAUGGAAAGUUUCAUCGAAGCAGGAAGCGAUGACGUAAUAGCGAUUGAAGAUUUGCCUGAAGAAAAACAUGCUGAGAUGACUACUCAAUCCUCUAAUCCAGCAAAUAGGAAUGCCUCAUCUAAGAUUCUAUCACCAGAAGAGAAUAAGAUUAUAUUUAACUUAUUGGCUGCCAAGAAAUGCUCGACAUUAGCCACUACCGUCGUUCAAGUUCAACUGGCUCACUCAAAUUCACACGCAUGGAUUAAAAAAUGCACUGGCGUGCUUUGCUUUGUAAAGGAUAGUGCAUUGCGAUCUUAUUUUCUGCGUGUCUUCAACGUUAAAGAUAAAGCUCUACUCUGGGAGCAAGAACUCUACUAUAAUUUCGAAUACAAGAAAACAAAGAAUUACUUUCACACAUUUCAAGCUCAUGAUUGCGUGGCAGGAUUUAAUUUUGCUGAUGUGAAUGAAGCUACACAAUUCUAUAAUAUCUUAACUGAAAAGUUAAGAUCUAGAAAAGAGAAAAAAGAAAUCAAGCAACAACAGCAAAAACGACAGCAACAACAACAGAAUAGUCAGAAAUCAAGUAAGAAUGCCGUCAUCACCAACGAGAACUCGAGCAAGUCAGCAAAGGAAAAGCCUACAAAGAAAAAAGAUAAAGGCCCAAGAAGAAUUUCAAAAUUAGAUAUAUCAGGACCAACAGAUUUUAGGCACGUAGAACAUCUUGGAUGGGACAAAGAUACAGGAUCUUUUAUUAGCAAAGUAACAGACGAAUGGAAAGAUUUAUUUUCUACCAUUGGCCUAACUGGUGCACAACUCAAUGACGCAGCAACACUCAAGGUUGUACAAACUGUUGUUGAAGCACAUGGUGGUCUCGAACAAGCAACACGAGAAUUAAAAUCACAAAUACAAGGCCAACGCGGUAAAAUAAUUUGCUUAAAAUACCCUAAUCGUCCAUAUACUGUGGAUAAUGUUGUAUUUGAAUGUCCUAUUUCCUCUAUAGCACAACCUCCUAGUAUACCUCCUAGCGUACCUUCUAGUGGACCUCCUAGUGCACCAUCAAAGAAACCACCUCAGCCUGUUCCAUCACGUCCUUCUCGUCCACCUCCACGUCCUAUAUCAGUAUCGCGACCACCACCGCCAAUCCCAACGACUACUCCACCAGGCCAUUAUCCUUCACGCCCAGCACCAACUAAAGAGCCUCCUCCACUUCCUCCAUCUCACCCUAAACGUCCAUCCAUUCCUUCUCCUCAAUCUGGACCGUCACCUGUUGCAAAACCUCUAAAGUCACCAUUUACAGUUCCUCCGCCACCUCCGGUAUCUGUUCAACCUGCAACUGCUCCAUCAUUUUCACCCCCUCCAAUACAUCCAGUUGCUCCAUCAGUUGCUCCAUCAGCUCCUAUUCCUCCACCAGCUCCUAUUCCUCCAUCAGCUUCUAUUCCUCCACCGCCUCCGCCACCUCCUCCUGGUCCAUUAGUAGAUUCUACUCCUUCAUCGACACAAAAUAGACUACCUGCGGCCACUCCAGCUGUAAAACCUGGUCCGGGCUCGUUCCUCGAUCAAAUCCAAUCCGGAGUCAAUCUUAGAAAAACCGAACCAGCUGAUAAAGCUGACGUAAGACCAUCGUCUUCGCGUAUAUCAAAUAACUUACUGGACAGUAUACGCAGUGGAAUAACUUUGAAGAAAGUCGAUAUGGAUCAGAAAGAUCCCCUUCCUCCGGUCAAAGAAACCGGUAUCCUAGGAGCCCUGCAAAUAGAAUUAGCAAAGAUAAACGAUCGAGUAACAGCAACCGAUUCGGAAGAUUCUGAUACUAAUUCCGAUGAUUGGGAUUAA